AUAAUAUAUGUAUAUAUUUCUGCAGAUAAUAAUCCAGCAAUCCCUGCAUUCGCAUUCAGUUGGCUGAACGAAAACGAAACUUUCGUAGCGGGCGAAACUGCAAUAAUCAAAGUGAUAGUUCUCGGGAAUUACGAGACUGGAAAAUACGAGUUCCCAUUUAAUCCAAAUAUUACAGUUAAUGAUAAGAUGGGAAACAGCAGUUUUAUUACAGGUGUUUCUCUGCAUUUUAAUGGCGGCACCGAUACUUGGAGAAUUAGCUUUGUUCCUAUUAUGGUUGGCUUGUUCAAUGUGCUCGUCACCGACGAACAUUUUCGUGUAUUGGAUUCGUCUUUGCACUUCCGAGUUAACUCAGGUAAAAUGUAUCCGGCAGCCGGAAUAUUAUCAUGGCGUGACGGAAUAAACGAGUUUAUAGCCGGAACAAAAGCCGAGUUAUUAAUCCUCCCCAAAGAUGCAUACGGAAAUAAUGUCUCUUCCGACACGGAACAAUCGCUACUUCAUAACUUCACAUUGUCCGCCUCGACCUCCAAUCGUAUUCCGCCAAGUGUCGUCGAUAUAACCGACAAAAGAUGGAAUAACCAACAAGGCUAUCUCAUCAUCGAGUUUAUUACAUCCAAAUCCGGAAACCUAGUACUUCACGUACAAGUCGAAAAUCAAACGCUCCACGACUCUCCUUUACCCUUCGUAGUGUUUCCCGGAGAAUUGGAUGUGUACAGUUGUGUAGCUGAAUUAAACGUAGAAACGAAGUACUUCCAAUUAUUUUCGACAAUGGAAGGUCUAAUAUAUCAGCACGAUAAAUACGAAAACCUCGUUUCAAGAUUAUACGCGUUCGAUAUCGAAGUUAUCGAGAAAGGGACAAAUUUGUCAAUGCCGUUGGCUGAUCUAGUGUUCGAAGAAGUGGGGCCCGGUGUACAAUCUUUCUCCUUCAGCCUACAAGAAUCCGGAAGCUUCAUGCUCGUAAUAUCCGAUAAGGAGAAGAGCACUCUCGUCUCGAAUACGCCGUACGAUUUUACUGUAUAUAUAGGUUACUGUGACGGAGCGAAUAGUAUAGUGAAUGGGUCGGGUCUAAAUAAUUCGGUCGCCGGUGAAACGGAGCGGUUCUCGGUUUUCUUGAAAGAUGCUUAUUUAUAUCCUUCUCCGGUUGAAUUGGAAAGCCUUCGAGUUCAAAUAAUGCAUGAAUCGGAUUUUCAGAUUGUACAUCCGAUUAUAAAUAUAAGAGAAAAUAGAUUGGAUUAUCGGGCAAUUAAUCUUAUCGACGUUGCUUCUUCUCCAUUCGUUGACCCGAAAAACAAUGUUAUAUAUAGCUCUGUUACGCAGGUUAGUGGAAAUACGAAGCAUAAGGCUAGCGAUUUCGAUGUUAUUUAUACACCUGAAAAGAGUGGUUUAUACGAGAUACGAGUUUUUUGCGGGAAUAUUCCUUUGAAUCGUGGGCGUCCGUUUCGAAAGCAAGUAAGCAAGAAUAUUUUUAAUUAUGAAUUUGCUGCAGGAAGUGUUAACGUGUCACGCUCGGGAGUUAUGAAUUAUGCUCGGAAAGUUCCUAAGAUGUCGAAAAAUGAAAUAAUUGUACAUCUCGUGGACUCGUAUUCGAAUCCCGUUCUUCUAGAACAAUCCAAGCUGAACUUGGAAAUUGCUUCGAUAAAUAAAUCCGAUUUUUCGACUUGGAUUUUUUCCGAUAACAAAGAUGGAUCAUAUAGUGGUCCCUACCUGGCAAAAGACGUCGGCACGUACGAAAUAUGCGCUUCGUAUAACGGAGAGCGAUUCUUGCCUUGUCCGUUUGGUGUGAAUGUGUACAAUAACGAAUAUUUUCCGAAAGUGUAUAACGAUACAGUUUCGGUAUGGGAGGAUGAAUCGAUUGCGUUUAACGUUUUGGAUAACGAUUAUUUCGCCGGUGGAAAUGCAAGUAUUCUUGAAUAUACCAAGCCAAGUCAUGGUUCACUCCUACAAUACGGGAACGUUUUUCGAUACACACCGUACCGAGGGCUUUUUGGGAAUGAUUCUUUUUCGUACUCGAUAAUCGACAUAAACGGGAAUUUUGGUUCUGGUGCUGUGGAUUUACUAAUCCUCUGUAGACCACCUCAAUUCAUUUCGAUUCCGAGUAAUUUGCAAGCUACCGAGGAUUUAAUUAGUCCCACAUUCGGGUACGAUUUGCUACUUUCUAAUUUACACCAAAUACGAAAACGAAAAAAAAAAAUAACGAAAUGUUUUAUUUUAAUUUUUGGCAGUGGUUUCACAGGAUUUGAGAUUAUUUACUCCGAUUUCGAUGAAAUAAUAAACGUUACUCUAACUUCAAAAUCGGGGAAUUUAUCGUUAUCUCCCAUGCAAAUGCAAUUUUGGCAGCCGAAAUGGGAUAAACUUUACGUGUAUAAAGAGGCUAACGAAUUGAAAUUAGUAGGCUCUCUUUACCAUUUUUUUACGAUUUUCUUUUUUUUUUGUGGUGAUAGAAAUGAGAAUUUUUACGGUGAAGAUAUUAUCCGAGUUUCUACCAUAAACAGAAACGGGAAGAACGAAAUAGAAAUUCCGAUUUACGUUCAGCCAAUCAACGAUCCACCGGUCGUAAACACUCCCUCGUUUGUUAUCUUGGAUAAUAUGAAUGAUGGAAUACUCAUCUUUGGUCAACUUAGCGACGAGUUUGACUUCAUCGAAGAUCCGGAUCUUCGAAAUUUUCCUGGAAAUAGGUCUCGUUUUUCGAUAAUGUUUUCAAUGGAAGUGAGUGAUGGAUUAUUAUCGACAAGUCUUCCUGCGAAUCUCGUUAGCUCGACUGAACUGAAAACGAAGAGUAGUUAUCAAUGGCAGCCUCUUCAAACAUUUGUUACGAUCUCGAAGCAUUUCUUGGUUAAGGCAAAAGGCAUCCGAUUUAAAGGUACAAUCGACGAAUGCAAUAGUAUCAUGCAGCAACUAUCCUACCACGAAGGCGAACAUGGAGACGUGUUGACUUUGACUGUAAACGACCUGGGAAAUUACGGGUGCUAUCCGAAUUGUGACGAGGCAAUUUCGAUGUCUCUUUUUGCUGAAUCGACGGUUAAUCUUAUAAGACACAGGCCCAUGAGUUCAUUAGUAGCUCAUACUUUAGGAUCAGCAAUUGUAAUAGAAUCAGUGUUCGUAUUUUCGCUUGGUUUGCUGCUUCUGUUUUUCGUAUGCAAAUGCGCUUUCGUGCUCGUUUACGAAAAGAAGAGGAAGAAGGAUAAGGAAAUUGAGCUGCUCAAAAUUGAAGGUUCAUCCACACAAACUGUAAGUAGUAUUUAG